AAAAUCAAUAAUGAUUAUGUCAAAAGGAGCAUUUUCCACGCUACCCGCCACCGAGCCGAAGUUGUAUUCAAAGUUGGUGCAGUUCCAAACCAAAAGGAGAAGAUUGGUAGAUUUAAAUGCAGUUUAUGAGGACUCAUUAUCAUCUGGCUCCCCAUUGGGUACUGUGAUUGGAUUCCAUGGAACUCCAGGGUCUCACAGGGAUUUCAAGUAUGUCAGGCAGCGAUUGGAGCACAUGAAUAUUAGAUUUAUUGGUAUUAACUACCCAGGAUUCAAGCAAACUCCAGCGUACCCAGGUCAACACUUCGGAAACUGGGAACGAAAUAGUUACUCAGAAGCUCUGUUAAACGAGCUAGAUGUGCCGGGAAAAGUGAUCAUAAUGGGGCAUAGCAGAGGAUGUGAGAAUGCACUGAUAACAGCAGCUAAUCGGAAACCUCAUGGACUAGUGAUGGCUAAUCCAACAGGGUUGAGGAUUAAUAAAGGGUCUCGUCCGAAGGGAAAGUUGGAGUCGCUGAUUUAUUUACAUAAGAAAUUGCCGAAAAAGAUUGGAGAUGCCAUUUUGUAUAAUUUAAUGAAAUUGGUUGGAUUCAAAAUUCAUGAUGGUGAAGAAGCCGUGGCGGUUAUUCGAGCAAUUAUGAACUGUGACCUGGAAAAGCAACUGGAAUACAUUCUGAAAUUAAAUGAACUGCCCACAAAGACUAUGAUCACUUUUGGCGGAAGUGAUCAUUUAAUUGAAAAGGAAAUUGUUUUUGAAGCACUCAAAAAGUAUCAGGGACUCGCGCAUUUUAAUUUCAAAGCGAAUAUCACAGAAUCCGAAAAGCAGAAAAUAAUGGAAAGUUUCAAAAAUCAAAAAGGAACAUCUGUAUUUAUUGCAAAGGAUAAUCAUUUUCAAAAUAAGAAGCGGGCGGAUUUAUUGGCAGAUGCUGCUAGAUCAAUGUUAUUAAAUUAAUGUUUUGAAAUUUUCAAAUUGUUUAACUUUACAAACAAAAGGGAAAUCUGCAACAUGAACAAUAUUUUCAACGACUAUAAUUUGAGAACUGUAAUAGUAAUUUUAUUCAAUAAUAAACUUACAAAAAAU